AUGGGUGGUCAACUUAGUAAGGCGUUGGGCAAGCUAUUCGGAAACAAGGAGAUGCGUAUAUUGAUGCUUGGUUUGGAUGCUGCUGGAAAAACGACUAUUCUAUACAAGCUUAAACUCAAUCAAUCUGUGACCACUAUACCUACAGUCGGUUUCAACGUGGAAACAGUAACGUAUAAGAAUGUGAAAUUCAAUGUAUGGGAUGUUGGUGGUCAAGAUAAGAUUAGACCGUUAUGGAGACAUUAUUAUACCGGUACACAGGGUUUGAUCUUCGUGAUUGACUCGGGAGAUAGAGAUCGGAUUGACGAAGCUAGAUUAGAAUUGGAACGUAUUUUAGCAGACAGGGAGAUGCGAGAUUGUCUAUUGAUGGUUUUCGCUAAUAAACAAGAUUUACCGGGAGCUAUGUCCCCUGCUGAAGUCACUGAGAAAUUGGGUUUACACAAAAUGAGAGAUAGGAGUUGGUAUGUCCAUCCCAGUUGCGCAACGACCGGAGAAGGUCUUUUCGAGGGUCUUCAAUGGUUAUCACAAAAUGUUAAAGGAACAAAAUCAUGA